AAGCAUAUACUAUAAUUGAGACUUUUGCUUAUUUAUAUAGAUUUGAAAUUCGAAAAGGAUAUGUCAAAAAUGAUAAAGAUAUUAAAGCAGAACAUGGCUCUGAAACUAAUAUAAGUGGUGAAUGUGAAGAUAAAG